AGCUUCUCCAGCUGCCUCCAUUAAGACACAGCCCUAAGACAUCAUGGGAGGCGUAGCGUUGGACGUGGGUGGCGGAGGCGUGAAGGCACCGGAUGGAGGGUGGGGCUGGGCGGUGCUGACCGGCUGUUUUGUCAUCACAGGCUUCUCCUACGCUUUUCCAAAGGCGAUCAGUGUCUUUUUCAAAGAGCUGAUCCGGGAGUUUGGGGUCGGAUACAGCGACACUGCCUGGAUCUCCUCUAUACUGCUGGCUAUGCUCUAUGGCACAGGUCCUCUAUGCAGUGUGCUGGUGAACCGCUUCGGCUGUCGGCCAGUGAUGAUGGUGGGGGGCGUCUUUGCUUCUCUGGGAAUGGUCCUCGCGUCCUUCUCCACCAGCAUCGUCCACAUCUACCUCUCUACGGGGGUUAUUACAGGUCUGGGUUUAGCCUUGAACUUCCAGCCAUCUUUGAUCAUGCUGAACCGCUACUUCAGUGAGAAGCGUCCUCUGGCCAAUGGCCUGUCAGCAGCAGGAAGCCCUGUGGCGCUUUGCUGCCUGUCACCACUGGGCCAGGUACUCCAGUAUAAGUAUGGAUGGAGGGGGGGCUUCCUCAUCUUGGGUGGCAUUCUACUCAACUGCUGUGUGUGUGCGGCCCUGAUGAAGCCUCUGGUCGCCCCCAAGAGCCUCCAGUCCAACAGCAGGGCGCAGGACACGGAGGAGGGAGCAGAGGUUGUAGUGAAGAAGAAGCCUAAAGGCAAACUACUGGAUUUCUCUGUCUUCAAAGACUAUGGUUUUGUCAUCUACACUGUAGCGGCAUCCAUCAUGGUGCUGGGGCUGUUUGUACCUCCGGUGUUUAUUGUGAGUUAUGCUAAGGAGCUGGGGAAUGAAGACACCAAAUCAGCUCUGCUGCUCUCUAUCCUGGGCUUCAUUGACAUUUUUGCCCGGCCCACAUGUGGAGUGAUUGCAGGACUGAAAUGGGUUCGGCCUCGUUGCGUCUACCUCUUCAGCUUUGCGAUGAUUUUCAAUGGAAUCACUGACCUGAUUGGAUCACAGGCCAAGGACUACACAUCUCUGGUGGUCUUCUGCAUCUUUUUUGGCCUUUCCUAUGGGAUGGUGGGGGCCCUGCAGUUUGAAGUCCUCAUGGCAAUAGUUGGCACUGAGAAGUUCUCCAGUGCCAUUGGCCUGGUGCUGCUCAUGGAGGCUAUUGCCGUGCUGGUGGGGCCACCUGGUGCAGGCCGCCUUCUUGAUGCUACCAAGAACUACAUGUAUGUCUUCCUGCUGGCAGGAAGUGAGGUGGUCCUCUCAGCUGUUGUUCUGGCUACUUGUACCUUCUUCUGUAUUGGAAAGAUUAAGUCUUCAGCACCAGCACACAGCCUGGAGAACGUCACAGUGACGGGUGACAAGACAGAGGUCAACGAUGAAGAGGAGAAAGGAGCAAGAGAGGAGCGGGAGAUGGAGAGUUUGAAGGAGGUGGAAAGUGAAUUAAAGGAAGAGGAGGAAGAGAAAGAGAAAUUAGAGGAGGUCGGGCCCGGCAGUGCGACAGUGGACUCACAGGAAGUGGAAAGGUUCCUAAAAGAGCCACUCCAGAAUGGUGACAUGGUCAUCAAUCCUGAAACAUGCCUGUGAGCAGGGAUGGGGGUUGUUGGACAGAAUUAUAUAUAUAUAUUUUAGAAUAUAUAAAUAUAAUUAUAUAUAUAUUUAAUUGCAGGCAAUUUUUGGGGUUUUCUUUUGUUUUGUCAAAAUAUUCAGGAGGAACAUGAGCAUCAAGUGAAUUUUGAAGUGUUGAGCUUUCCUGUCAUGCUGUGUUCAUGUGUUGAUGUUUGUCGUUUGCAGGGAUGUAAAUCAGUAUCACUGCAACUGAAAUGUAAGAGUUGCUUUAUAUUAUAUAUGUGAACCUUUCUCACUAGAUGUUUUAAAGUGUGGUGGUUCAUACAAGACAAUAGAGGAGCUGAGUGAUAGCACUGCCUUGUGUAUAUAUAGUUUAUUUCACAACUCCACAGUUUUAUUUUUGAUGUAGCCACCAGCAAAUAAAGGUUGGCAUUAUUCUGUAUUCAUAUUGUGUCAGUGACUAACUACUGAUGAAAGUAAGCUUUUAGAUAUAUUUGGUGCAAUAAUUGUAUGAUGAAUUGUCCUUACAAAAGUAAAACAAUUAAUGUUUCUUCCUAAAGGCCCGGUCACAUCUAAAAGCGGCAGUGUUGGGCUCAUCCAUGCAACUUCACAAAAAAGCCUUUGGUGCUAAAACCUCGGUGACAUUGUGACUAUAAGCUGUUUGUUCAUGUGCUUUUAAAUCGUACUAUAAUAUGGAAACAACACUCUAAAGAGGAUGUAUUGAAUUGUAUUGCUCAGAGCAGUAAACUUCAAUUGGAUUUACUGGACUGGGAAGAUUUCUCCUUGGAUUACGAGCAGGGCUCAAAUGUCAUCCACAACUCUGUAAUGGUCUUUACCAUCAUAUUUCAUUUACUAUGUCAAGCCAUGUUUAAUGUAGUAGGGAUGUUUUAUUAUACAGGGGAACAACGUGUCAGAAUUUGGAAAGCACUUAAGUGUAUGUGUGUGUGACUGGGUAAAUGUUGUUGUCCAUCUUGUGUGUGCUGCUGAGGACCAAAGGAUAAACAGUUUCAACUCUUAUUUUUUAACAGUCGUCGAGACUAUAUUUUAUAAUAGCUUGUUGUGAUGAGGUGACAUCACUGGCAGAAUAUCACCUUGUUGAGUUAACACCCGUCAGGAUGUUGUUGUGUCACAAUUCCAUUCCACAGGUACAUUUUGAAAGGGCCUAUACUGUUACUAGUGACCUUAAUGAAGCAUCACUUUCCCACUUUGCCUUCAUGCUUUGUAUUGUCUGUAGUAAAUGUUUGUGUUUCAGUAAAAUAAUA